ACAGAAUUCUCUUCCUUACCAUCAAUAAGCCCCAAAAUGGUCAAUACUGGAAAGCCCUCACAAGGUUGUGGAACAUGCAGAGCACGACGUAUCAAGUGCGAUGAGCGAAAGCCAACAUGCUUCCGCUGUCAAAAGUCCAAACGCGAGUGCACAGGAUACAGGAACCAGCUCUUCCUGCGAAGGCUUGGAAGUGGAAAAGGGGAUAUAAUCAACUGGAGUCAAUUGCCAAGCGCGGGCAAUAUGGAUCUCUACCAGAGCGACUGGUCCAAUUCUAUCACCAAUGUUACCUACCGAUCCGUUUCGCCCCCCGAAACAAUCAUCCUCGCUCCACCAACGUACGGGAUAUCAACAUCGAUCGAAGAGGAAGCUCUGUGUCAUUUCAUCAAUAGUUUCGUUUUAUUGCCGUGCAAGGGAAACUCUAGGAGCUACAUGGAUUUCAUUAUCCCGGCAAUGAAGGCUGAGAAGUCACUCAUCUCGCCGGGGACUUCGUUAAAUACAGCGGUCAUGGCUGUGGCCAUGGCUGCAUUUGGAAAUAGGCGGAGAUACCAAUUGGUGCUUGCUAAAGCUGCGAGGCAAUAUGCUAAAGCGUUGAAACAAGUCAACGAAGCGUUGCUAGACCCUGAACUUGCAUUAGAGGACCAGACACUUGCAACGGUCCUCAUUCUGGGGGUCUUUGAGGCAUUUACUGGUACUAACACACUGCUAAAUGGAUGGUCUUCACAUGCCGAGGGUGCUGCAAUGUUGGUCAAAAUGAGAGCACAGAGGAAACUUCUUUCUCCACUGGGACGUGUUCUCCACAUUAUGGCUCGUUCACAACUGAUCGUUAACUGCUUUGUUUCUUCCACUCCGCCACCUCUUGGUGUUGGGUGGUGGAUGCAAUUGGGCACUAAAGACGGAUUACCCUGCCAGGUCGCAAGACUAAAUCUCGAAACUGCAACAUUACACGCCAAAGCCAAUGACGUUCUUGCAGAAGCGGCGAUGAACCCUUCCAAUACUGACAGCAUAAUCGAGGUCCAGACAAUGGCUCAAGAUCUUGAAACGAAAUUUAGAGACUGGGAGCUCUCACAGACCCCAGAGUGGUCUUUUUCUUCAGUUGCAUGGGUUGAUGAGGUCGACGUGAGUCGACUUGAACACAGCCCUUCCUUUCCCGGGAGACUUGAUGAGUAUAAAGACAUCUCGAUCGCAACUGCGUGGUGUAUAAUGCGCUCGAAUCGAAUAAUGCUCGGCGCAGGAAUAGUUCGUGCCAACGCUUGGUUGCACCCGGACGAGGAUUAUCGCAUCACUCCUGAGUAUGCAUCAACGGCACGAAUUUCCAAAAACUUGAUAGAAGAUAUCAUUGCGGCUGUCCCUAUUUUCUUGGGAAAUUUCCCUGAAGCUUUCACAAGAAACCGCACCCCCGAGAUUGAGAAAGACGCCUUGGGAGGAAAGAGUUCUUUGGCGCUUUUCAUCAUGUGGCCGUUGUUCAUAGUAACGAUAUCGGAUCACACCACCGAGGACCAACGGAAAUGGGCACUGGGAAGACUCAAAUUGAUUGCAGAGGAAGUAGGAAUCCGCCAGGCUUCACUGUUCACUCAGCUUACUAUUCGUGUACCCUCCAUGUUCAUUUACAAAGAUCGAGUGGCGAAGGAGGAAGGCAACGCGAUGGCGAAAGUGAAGUGUCUAAAGAUGGCACUCGCGAAGUCGAAAGGGAUCGGAAAAGACGCAGAGCAUGUUUUAGCUGGUAUUCUUGGCUGUAAAUAGAUAUUACCCCUUUGAAAUUACGAAGAACUAUAUUACUAUAUAGAUGAAUUUGCU